AGCAAAUGAAGGAAAGUUUGUAUUAUACAGCUAGCCAUUCUACGAUUGAAGAGGUUGAGUCACUUACCAUUUAUGAGCCUUCACAAAGUAAAGACGUGGAUGACGAACCUGAUGCUAUUAAUUUAUCUGCUAAAUAUCUUCUGGAUCAUUUGGAACAGAAUACAAUUAAAGAAAUCAGGAAAUUGUCAAGAGUUACAAGUAGUAAAAUUAAUCAUUUUAUAUUUCUUCUUAUUAAUGGUUCAUAUAGUUGUAUAUGUCUUUUACAGCAAAAAAAAGAUAUUACAUCAGAAAACAACAAAUGUCAAUUUAAGUGGUUACAACCAUUUGUUAAUGAUGAGUCAGGUGAAAUCACAAACGAAGUGCAACCACUUGUGAAUCCUCAAAAGGUGGUUGGUAAAGGAAGGUCAAAAGCUGCAAGUCACAAAAAUACUACAAAUACUACAUUACAAGAAACAGGCAAUAAGAAAAAACGUGGACAAUACACUU